GUGUAUAGCAUGCUAUACAAUGGCGUCUUUUUCUCCCCUCGUGUACCGGUAUGUCCUUUUACCUCGCCUUUUACUGAUUGCUCUGCUAGCAUGGCUAGCCUAUGCUCAUGCUGAUGGUGUUGAAGUUCACAUCAUUUCUUCCACACCACCCAUCAAUCUUGUUGCUGAAAAUUUGAACUUAACCGGCAGUGACAAUGUAGUUGCUACAAUGUUCAAUCUUGACAUGGUAAAUGCUGUUUUCAAUGGUAAAAAUACUUUCUAUUACAAUGAAGGCGAUCAUGGUGGUGGUUUGGCUAUGAAUGGAAGUAAUCUUACAAUAACAAAGGGAUCAACCUUGACCUUUAACAAUAACAAUGCUUUUUAUGGUGGUGCUAUGUAUAUCAACACUACUCACUUCAACACUGCAUUGAUAUGUAAUGGUAGUAUCACUUUUACUAACAAUCAUGCUCGCGUUGCUGGUCAUUCCAUUUAUACCACUGACACUAAUAUCAAUAUCAAUUUAUUUAAAAACUGUUUUGAAGCGACGAAACAAAUCGUCACUGCUCCAAAGCACUUUACUGCAACAAUAAAUCAAAAACAUUCUUUUUUUCCGGGUCAGUAUAUAUUUUUAAGUGUGUCUCUUGUUGAUGGGUUAGGCAAUCCUGGUACCUGCAUAGCUAAAGUUUCUCUUAAAUGUAAAAAAACAGACACUGGAGAGACUGGUUUUUGUGAGCGACUUUAUCCUAAUCUUGGCUUGCAGCUUAUAGGACCUAAGGAUAUUUUCUUGUUUGGCAGAGAUAAAACAGUAAAUACUUUGCUUCGUUUUGGUGCCCAGUUUGGUGCUCAUUUUAACAUUAAUGAAACAACCCGUCCGUGGCUAUAUAUUUCUUGUAGUGAUCCACCAAUGGAUGCAAUAAAGCUAGAUUUUGCAUGGAACAGCUCCUGUCCACUUGGAUUUAAUGAAAAUUCCAUUAGUAAAGUUUGUGAGUGUCACCAAAUCAAAAACAAAACAAUGUGUCCAUUAGAUUCAGGUGUUGCCUGUAUAAAGAAUGGUUAUUGGACUGAUGGUAGUAUUGCUGUUAAAUGUUCCUACCCAUUAUGCGACUCACGUCAUUUACGAGAGACUCCUGAGACACAAAUUUGUCAACAAUAUUAUGGACAACAAGUGAUAGCAUUACCUCAGUCCCCAGAUGAUCAGUGUUCUACCAAUCGUAGUGGUAGAAGAUGUUCAAGAUGCAGAAUUGGUUACAAUCUAACAUUCUUAGGAACAAAAUGCACCAAUAACUGUAACACUCCACUUUAUCCAAUCAUUAUUACACUUCUUACCAUAGUUUUUCAGUUUAUGAUUGCUCUGUUUAUACUGGCUGCUGUGAGAAUUAAACUGGAGAUAGGAGCUGGUUUUAUGCAUGGCCCUCUAAUAUUCUUAGCCAUUAUUGGUCAAAUGCGGCUUGGCUAUUAUCAUAUUUUGAAAGUUAUUGUCAGUUCCAUUACUUCAGUGUAUCUGUACUUUGAAGGAGGGCAUGCUGUAGCUGGCCCAGCUGCUAUUGCUGUCAUUGGUCUCGCUAUUCUGCCUUUUAUUUUUGUUUUAGCCAUGUCUAAUUUUGAAUUACCUAGUCGUAUUUUUCGUUUGCAUCGUUUCAAGCCGAUAUUUGAUGAAUUUCAGUCUUGCUAUUUGGAUAAAUAUCUCUUUGUUGGGAAUCCUUUAGGCCCACAAUUGCUACUAGUUCUAUUGCUGUCUCUUCACUUUGUUGUACAACCAUACAAAAAGCAUAUCCUCAACAUCAUUGACAUGCUUCUCCUCCUUGAUCUUUUAGUAUUGUACUCUCUUCUUGAGAGAGAGGAAGAAUUGGAGGAUCGAAAGACAAUUUAUGCUAGCAUACUGGUACACAUGAUGACAUUAAUUCCACUGCUUUAUGUGGUGGUAGGGUCUAUUGGUAUAUUCUGUUAUAGGCUUAAGAGUAGCAGGUUCAGUAUACAAUGGAGGACAAGUCAGUCUCAGCCUUCAAGAUCAAUUAGGAGGACAGAAAUAAUAAUGAAUGAUGAUGAAGGUGAAAGGGAACCACUGAUUGGUAUUAUUCAAGAUGAUGAUGAAGAUUGA